AUUUUGAGUUUCUCAAUUAGUGAUUAGUUUUACAUAAGAACUGUUAAACAUCUGAGAACUUGCAGAGGUCACAUCAAGUGGGGCUAUGAGGCCACUCCUUCCCUCUUUGUUUUUCUAUUUCUUCUCUUUUAAACUAUUAAUAUAAAAAUUUUGAUUUGAAAAUGACUUUGAAAGUUAUUACCAAAAUAGUAAAGUGACCGUUAGGAUAUUGUAGAGAUUCAUAUAGGCUAUAGGAAAAGUUCAAUGAAAGCUAUCUGAAAAUGACCACUCAACUAAAGCCAUUUUCAAGUAGAGGAACUCGGAGGAAAAUGGGAAUGUAUGAGGGAAAUCAGCUUUCUUUCAGUUUCAAGCUCAUUCCUGACCCCACCAAUCACUUGUAACUUGUAAAGCAAAGGUAAGCAACACGUGCUACCUUUUCUCUUCUUUCUUUCUCUCUCUCUAAUUAAUAUAUUAUUCUCUUAUGCUUCAAGUUAGAACUUAGAAGUUAGGCUGCGUUCUUGGAGCCAUGGCAGUGUCAGGUUUAGGAAGUCUUUUUUCUUAAGUUUUAACUCUCGUCUACAUGUUUCAUUUGUUGAAUUGUCCAAUAUCACAUUAGUUGUUGACUGUUAUUGUGUGUGUGGAUUAGGAUUAAAGAACCAUCUCAGUUUAAACUCAGACAGGCCACUAGAUGUUGCUUUAUGCAUACUCCAACCAGGAUUCUGAUUCACAUUUGUAUCCUUGUUCUAUUAAUUUUGUAGCAGUGUCAUUGCAGAUGUUUCAUACUUCAUACAUUCUUAUUUGGCCGUGUUUCUUGUUAUAUGCAUAUAGAAUUAUUAAAUCAGAUUUCAGGCACGUAUUUGAUAAAAGCAUGGUAGGAUCUAAUUGAAGAAGGGAACAAGAAUAUUGAUAUACUAACAUGCCUUUUGGUCUAGUUACAGCAUGGAAUAAACGCAGGAGAAGCAAGUCGGAGGGGCAGAUCGAUCCAUGGGUAUACAAACCUGCAGAAGAGUGGCAUCUUGAAGAUCUUAAUCCACCUGCAAAAAGACACCAUGGCUCAUUAGUUUUUACACUCAAAGAAAUGGAGGAGGCAACAAAUUCUUUCAGUGAUGAAAACCUCCUCGGGGAAGGAGGAUUUGGUCGAGUAUAUAAGGGAACACUCCGCACCGGAGAGGUUGUAGCAAUCAAGAAGAUGGACUUGCCAUCAUACAAAGAAGUGGAAGGGGAGAGAGAGUUUCGUGUGGAAGUAGAUAUCUUAAGUAGACUGGACCAUCCAAAUCUGAUAUCUUUGGUGGGCUAUUGUGCAGAUGGAAAACAUAGAUUUCUUGUCUACGAGUAUAUGGAAAAGGGAAAUCUUCAAGACCACUUACAUGGGAAAGGAGAAAGGAAGAUGGAUUGGCCUAUGAGGCUGAAUGUGGCUUUAGGAGCAGCAAGAGGCCUUGCAUAUCUCCAUUCAAGUCCUGCUGUUGGGAUUCCAAUUGUUCACAGGGACUUCAAAUCCACCAACAUUCUUCUAAGCACCAAGUGUGAAGCUAAGAUAUCAGAUUUUGGGCUUGCUAAGUUGAUGCCAGAAGGAAAGGAAAUAUGUGUUACAUCAAAUGUGUUUGGGACUUUUGGCUACUUUGAUCCCGAGUAUACACGGACAGGAAAACUUACUUUACAAAGUGAUGUUUAUGCUUUUGGUGUUGUUUUGCUUGAGCUCUUGACUGGACGUGGGGCAGUAGACCUCCACCUAGGCCCAAAUGAUCGGAAUCUGGUACUACAGGUUAGGCAUAUUAUUAAAGACAAGAAGAAACUUUACAAAGUGAUUGACUCAGGGAUGAGCAGGGGGUCAUACACAAUGGAGUCUGUCACCAUGUUUGCAAAUCUAGCAUCGCGAUGUGUCCGGUCUGAUAGUUGUGAAAGGCCAUCAAUGGCAGAAUGCGUGAGAGAACUCCAACAUAUUCUUUGUACAAAUACUAGAGGAAAGGGGUUGACUAUGCACAUAUUCAGAAUGAUAUGAAAAUCCACUGUUCCAGAUCAGGGAUUCCAUGUCAGAAUCUUUAUGAGCUUUAUUAGUGAGGAAGUCACAAUGUUUUCAUGCUAGCUUGUACAUACAUAGGAUACAUAUAUGAAUAUAUCUAUAGAGAUAAAGUAGUUAAAGAUCUGAAUGAGGUAGUUAUUAUUGUGCCCAAAUUGAUGUGUGCAGUGUGCUUGACCAGAAGGGUAUGGACAACAAGGGCAUGUGUCUUAGGCUUAUGGAAAAAUCAUUAAAAAAUGGCUGAAAUUUCGAUGAAUUAAUAGGAUAAAAGGUCUAUCUCAUGAAAAAUAAUAGUAGUCCUCCACACAUGAAACAUGUGUUGAGAAAGCAAACUGGUUGAGAUUAAUUUGGCGAAGUUAUUAGUAAAGUCCAGCUUAUUGAAGGGGUAUGAGGAAUUAGGACAAAUGACAAGUGAUUUUUUUAUAAAGAUAUAAUCAGGUUUUCUUGUCCCAUUUUCAGAUUUUGUACUCGCAAAGUUCCAUACUCAAACAGCACUAACGCAUAAGAUGGACAAAAAAACAAAACCAUAUGACUUCAAUGGAAAAUCUAUACAUUGCACUUCAUUCUCUUGAUAACCUCUAACAAAAUCUCAUUCCAUGUAUCAAUAGCCCCUGGCAAACACCAGUGAACACAAUCGUUAGGUAAGCGAUCCUUCACUCCAUUUUCGAAAGGAUUAGGAAGCAUAUAUGGACCAGGGUGAGCAUCCGGCCUAAGCAAUGAUAACUUAGUAAUAUCCAAUGCCUCUAAUCUAAUCCUGUUCCCAAACUCCUUGGCCUUUUGUUUUGCUUCUCUCACUUCAUAAAUCCCAAUCUUCCGCAUAUCUUCUUCCAUCCCUUGAAGAACUUUAUCCUCUGGUUCGUAGGGUAGGGUCUUAGAACAAGUACCCAACUUGUCCCAUUCCCCUUCAAAAUGUGCAGGAGGGAAUGUUGUGAGAAUAGCAUUAAUUGAGCCACCCGUAGGACCUUUUCGUUCAAGAAUUGAUUUUAAGGCAGUCUUGUAUGCCAUCCUAAGUGGGCCAUCGAAUCCAAUUUCUGUAUAAUUCUUUCCUUCACAAAUAUGACAACCUAAUGCCUCAUCAUUAUAGAAAAACACAGCAGGAAGCACAAACCACUGCCCUACUGAUAAAACCAAAAUGUCGAUCUUCCCUAUAUCAGAAGCCCACCUCUCAUCCACAGACUCUAAGUUAUGGACAUUAUAAUUCUUUUAGUUGUUUUUCUCCACGCCCUUCACUAAAAAUGGUGACCAGUAAAUGGAGACAUUCAAAUUGUGGGUUGGAAUGUACCACCUUCUGAACUGAUUGUCCUCACCAUGUGAAUAAACCAAUUCAGGUGUGGAAACAGUGGCUAUCAUGCACAGAAAUGAUUCCAAUUGGUUCCUGGCAAGUGAAUCGCCCACAAAGGCUAGAUGCUUGUUCUUCAAGGUUUGAAGAAAUGUUUUUGGAUCAAACCUGGGAAGUUUGCAGUUUUCUGGGGUCCAUCUCCAAUACAGAUAUUGCUUAUCAGGCCUUCCAUGGCUCACGCAAUUCCUCCCUUCUUUGAUUGUCCCACAGCUUGUUUCAUUGUAUAAUGGCCCAAGUUUGUCGUAUACCCAUUUCCCAUUUGUGUAGUCACAUGCAUGUUCCUCUUCUACCUUACCU